AUGAAUGCAGAGUUUCUACACGUGGAUGAAACGGCGAUUUAUUUCUUACCUGACCAAGUUUUACUUCAGAUAUUUUCAUAUUUUAAAUUGAGAGAGUUGAUAAUGGUAUCCGCUGUUUGCAAGAGGUGGCACAGAUUAUGCUAUGAUUCACGUUUAUGGGUAAACCUAGAUCUUUCGCAGGAUAUGCAAAUUAGGAAAGUGAACAACAAGUCCGUGAAAUAUAUUCUAAGAAGAACAACAAGCAUUCGUGAGAUAAACUUAUCUGGAAGAAAAUGUAGACGCGUUGGCAACAAUAGUCUAACAUACAUUUCACGUUAUUGUCCACAACUGAAGAAUCUAAAUGUUGCAAGUAGGAUAAAAAUCCUCGAUAAGGGAAUGAAAGAAAUCGUACAAGCAUGUCCAGGAUUGGAAUAUAUAAACGUGGAAGGAUGUAUGCGAAUUUCGAAUGGUUCGCUUAUUUACAUCGGAAAGAAUUGUCCAAAUCUUAGAAGUAUCAAUAUAGGGAGAUGCAAACUAGUGCAAGACUUUGGCUUGGAAGCUCUGGUAAAAAAUUGCAAAAAUAUAACCACAAUAAGUCUUGAAAAUUGCCAUCAAGUUACAGAUCAGGGCUUGGGAAUCAUUGCAGAUAAUUGUCUUCUCUUGAAAUCUAUAAACCUCAAGCGAAUGCGACGUAUAACAAACUCUGGUAUACGUGAAUUCUUGGAGAAGGUUCCAAUAUUAGAGUUAUCAGUCGGUUUGAUGAGAACUACCGGCGGAGUGACUGAUGCUGUAUUAUAUGUUAUUUCAAGACAAUGUCCCCAGUUGGAGAUGCUUGAGUUUGAACAUUUUGCAAGAUAUGAAGUUGAUGGUUGUGUUUUAAGACUGGCUGAAGGAUGCAAACAUCUGACUCGGCUUUAUUUAUAUCGAUGUUAUCCACUGUCGGAUAUGACUCUGAUGAGAAUCACACAGAUAUGCCCCAAAUUAUCCGAUAUUCACUUAUUUCCAGAAUCUUUUUACCUGGGAUAA